AUGCGAACAGAAUGCCAGGCCCGAGCACUCCAAAAACAAGCAGUUAGUCCCCACUCAGAAGGAACCACGGCACACCUGCGCACCGGAACAACAGCUUCAAAGGUGCACCCCACCGCAACAGACGCUCUGCCCGGAGACCGGGACCCGCUGCAGUACGAGGAGCAGAUUAAGGGUACAGGCCUGGUGGACGCAGACCAGACCCCCGCAUACCUGACAGCCUGCCACGCUAGCAGCCUGCUGAGCGAGGUAACACAGCAGCGCUGGGAUAGGAAGGCGUACAGGAAGGACUUGGAGCAGGAAGUGAAGGGGCGGGGCUUAUCCGGCGUCGGGCUGGAGGAAACACCUGAGCUGCUGAGGGUUAAAAAUGCCAAUCAGAUACUGAACGAGAAGGCGUACAGGAAGGACUUGGAGCAGGAAGUGAAGGGGCGGGGCUUAUCUGGCGUCGGGCUGGAGGAAACACCUGAGCUGCUGAGGGUUAAAAAUGCCAAUCAGAUACUGAACGAGAAGGAGUACCGCAGGGAUUUAGAGACGGACAUCGUCGGUAAAGGCAUGGAGCUGAGCGCCAACGUUCUCGAUAUGCAACGAGCCAAAAGAGCCUCAGAGAUCCUGAGGUCCUACAAGCAGACGGAGCAGCUCAGAGAAAACUCUUACGGGACGGUUACAGACACUCCUGAACUUCUGCACGCCUCCUACCUCAAAGAUGUCUACAGCCAGAAGAAGUAUAAGCACGAAGCGGAGCGUCUGAAGGGACGCUACAGUCUGCUGUCAGAGACACCAGAGAUGGAGAGAGUCAAAGCCAACCAGAGACACAUCAGCUCUCUGCGGUACUGCUGGGACUCCAAGCUGAUGAGAGGCCUGAUGUCUUCAGCCACAGAGACGCCAGAGAUCGUCCUCGCCAGAGAGAACGCCAAGAGGAUCAGUGAUGUCCGGUACCGUGAGGAAGUGGGUCACGGCACCGCUGUCAGGGAUACGCCGGAGAUGGAGCGAGUCCGACGCAACCAGGAGAACAUCAGCUCGGUCAAGUACAAGCAGAGUGCAGUGAAGACCUCCAGCGUCGGAGUGACUCCAGAACUGGAGAGAGUCCGACAGAACCAGGAGAACAUCAGCUCGGUGAGGUACCAGCGCGGGCUGCAGGAGAUGAGGGGGCGGAGCUGCAGCGAGCUGGACACACCUGAGUACAGGCGUGUCAGGAAGUCACAGGACUCCGUCUCCAUGGCCAAGUACCACGAGGACUUUGAGCGGGCACGCGGCCGAGGCUGCACGCCAGGAUUGGACGAGCCCAGCAUGGAACGCUACCAGAGAGCCAAUCAGAUGAUCGCAGAGGCGGGAUACAGCAAAGGGAUCCACCCCCAAGCGAUGGAGAUGGACAGACGACCGGGAGGCAUCAUCGUAGCUCCUGUCCUCCCUGGAGCGUACCAUCAGGGCAUCCACAUGCAGCAGCAGCAGCAGCAGUAUCACGGCUACAUGCACCAGACCAGCAUGUCGUCCGUCAGAUCCGUCACCUCCCCGCCGCACUCCGCCACAAUGCGUGUUUACCGGGCGCUGUACGACUACGCGGCCCAGGACCACGAUGAGGUCUCCUUCAGGGACGGCGACGUCAUCGUCAACGCUCAGCCCAUCGACGAGGGCUGGAUGUAUGGCACCGUGCAGCGCACCGGCAAGUCUGGCAUGCUGCCAGCAAACUACGUGGAGUGCUGCAACUAGGGGAGAGAGAGAGAGAGGGAGGGAGAGAGAGAGGGAGAGAGAGAGGGAGGGAGAGGGAGAUAGCGAGGGGGGAGAAAUGGUAAAAAUGUGAUGAAUAAAAUCCGCCUUUGCUGUUAUAAAUUCAGCAGUCGGUGAUGUUCUUUGCAUUUCAGUGAUGGUUUAUAUUUUUUGUCAAAUCAGGAAAUAGACCAGAAUGCAAUGCAGCUACAGGGACAGGGGCUGUGUUGGAAACUGUUUCCAUAUCACAGAAAUAGUUCCCUAUAUAGUGUGUUUGAAUCCACCGCGGUCACUAUAUAGUCCGCUAUAAAAUACCCGCAAUGUUCAGCUAAUGUGAGUGUACAUACGAUGUACCCUACUUUUUACUCCCGUAUACCCACAAUGCAACGCGGCCGUGUUUUCUCCGAG